AUGGACGACAACGACGGUGCACGGGACGAUGCUGGGGAGUUGUUGCCGAAUGCUUGGCAGACGUCGCAGAAGAGGAAGCAGAGCAUGGAAGUCAUGCUGAAGGCUUGCGUCAAGCACAUGCAUGUUCCAGUCGUGUUGGGGAGCAGAGCCACAGACCUGCCGAACAAAGCUGCGGCACUUCUACACGCUCUCCGACUCGAAGCUGUUGAAGCUAAUGCAUUGAAGGCAGUGCUCGCCACCACGGUCAGCUUCACAACUGACAUGGGAGUGGAGUCAGGGUUGCCGGAUUUUCCAGCGAUCGAUGUUGACCGUUUGUGCGUCGCAUUGCUGCCGCAACAUAUCGAAGAUGAUACCGGCGGCGCUGACUGCGCACUCCCAGCGCCAGCAACUUGCGCGGAGCACAUGUUCCCUCACACACUCAUGAUCUGUGGUGUGUUGCACAUACUUGCGAAUGCUACUAGCCAGGUCCACGAACGAAUGGCGGUUUGGACUUCCUUCAAACCGCAGCUGCUGGUUGUUGCACAAUUCCUUCAUUAUGGGCACUACCGGUCUCGCUUGAAAGGUACGUGCUUCAAGAAGGGUGGAAGAUUCCAUGUUUUCGCAGACUUCUUCAACACCGGGUGUCCGCUGCCAAUCGAAUGGAGAUGGAACAUCAUACAGCAAGUCCUUCGCCACGUGCUCGGGCUGGAGCAUGCCCUGGUGGCAGGGUGGAGUCUUCGCUUGUUCUUAGCCGGCUCCGGUGGAGGCGGGGAAGAAGAUGAGGAAGGGUACAGAACAAGAUCAAACGAAGCCAGCGUCUCGCUGGAGAAAGUUGAUGAAGCACUUCGUUCAGCGAGCUUUUGGCCCACCGCGAAGAUGCUAUGGCAUCUUGGAGAGACUAUCCGGGCCCUCGAAGGCUGGGCGAAAGGAUGUCCUUGCCACAAGCAUGAUGCUAACUUGACUGCAUUCCGGCAACAAGCUGCUUUCAACCGGGAGUUGGGGCUAGCUGCCUCCGACCGAACAGCCACGUGCCCAGGCAAGGGCAGACGAGCUCCAGAGCUUGCGUCGGGUAAGUUGAAGGAUGUGUUUGAAGACAUUUCUCAGACACACUACGCCUUCGUGCUUGCUUCCACCCAAGCUCUCACAGAGGAAGAACGUGACUUCGAAGGUGCCAAAGCUCAUUUGGCCUAUGUGUUGGACCUGAAACUGAAUGCGUGGACCAAGCUCCCCUUGCGUCUUUGCGGUUUAGCUGUGCCUCUUAGCGAUGCUGACAGGAUUGCGCAGGUGGCAAGGGACUGUUUGCAACAGUACGCUUCUUCGCCGGACGCUGGGGCACACCAUCGUGUGUCAAACCUUUUCUGCUCGCCGAAAGGCCCACUUCAUGCCAGCAUGGUUGCUGUUGCCAACGGCGAACCUUUGCAGAAUCAUUUGCAGCUUCACAGGGCAGUGCAGAUCUUGAAGAUGAUACCUGUUGCUGAGCAUGUGAUUGAGGGGCCACACGCAAGCACCCAGCGGGAAAUUCUGAAGGCUCCUCGCUCUGGCCCUUCUGCCGUGAGCAUGGCGCUUCGUGGACCCGAAAUCGAGCGCUUUGUUGACCAUGGACCAGCCUGGGCCAGCAUGGUGCUUGCAGAAAAUCUUGAUUUAGUCCCAAAUCUUGACAAGGCAGUGCGACUCUUGGGCCUCGACUCACAUCCGCUGGUGGCCAACUGCCCAGAUUCGGUGCCGCAUGGUGUUGCUUGCAGCAUAAUCUAUCGGUGUGAUGCAGAAUCCAACUUUCAGGAUUUGCGAGAGGUGCAGAAGACAGUCGCCUCUGCAAAGGACAAGGACAAGAAACACCGGGAGAAGCAAGAGGCCGCGAGGGGCAAGAAGAAGGUUGCGCCGAGUGUUCAACGUGAUGAAAGACCAGACUGGUUUUUUCAAAGCUUGCUCUUCGACUUUUUGCGGAGUGAUGAGAAUCAUGAUGCACACGUGUUUUCUCUGCCGGCAUCUGUGUCUGGAUCCCCGAGUGGACUGCCGCAGCACCCUGAAGGCCCACACAAACAUGCAGAAGGACUUGCGUUGAUCCCACACCCCGCCCCCCAGCCUUCCAGGCAGGUCUUUCAGAGCAUGCGCAGCGUCAUAGCGUGUGGUGCUACUAGGGCGAAGGAUUCGUCGAAUGGUUCUGCGAGGCACGCAGACAGCGCCCUUCUCCAUUUGGAGUCCGACGUUGGGUUGAGCAGCAAUCUGGUCCCAGUCCCUGGGUCGCAACACGCCUUCACUGAUUCUGCCGAUUUUCCUGCCUUUUUCCGCAUUGUGCACAAGCGUCCAUCGAGGCAAAAAGUUCAGCAUGUGAUGCCUGGAGUAGGCCAGAAGCUGAAGGAGACAGACAUAGCCGUCACAAGGCAUGAGUGCGUGGAAGCGAGCGAGACAAGUGCGAAGAUCCGUGCUACGCCUUUGACCUGGGAAGCUGAUCAAUCAGGCAGUGCAACCGUGCUGUUGGACACAGCUGUGCCGUUGGGAGCAAGACAUGUUCUGGUCAAGCAGCUGCUGAAGUGGGAGUUUGCUGCUACUUGCGAGCACCAAAUUCCUGGGUUCCCUCAGGAUCUUCUUGAAGCAAUGCUGCGGGAUGGUGCCUUCGAAGAUCGCCAUGCCCACUUUGUUCCAAGUCCAGAAAGCGAUGCUCAUGCUCAACUCUGCCGCUUACAAGCAGACAUACCUGAUGCUGUGCUAUGUCAUGACAUACAUAAUGUUGUGGGUUACCAAUUGACACAUAGCACCAUGCGGAAGCUGCAGUUGACUUUCCAUCUGCACCGUCCGACACCAGUCUGCGUCUUGCCAGUUCCUUUGGAAGAGUCUCAAGCUGCCAUCGAGACCUUGCACCCCUGCCAGCUCUGGAUGCUGAUGGAGCGACAAGGUUGGCAGCCGCAAGUUUGCAGCACGAAAAACCUGACAGAGAAAGCUGCAUAUCGGCCUGGGGUAGAAAAGGUUUUUUUUAUAAGCUCUGCUGGGAUAUCGCCACCAUCUCGAUGGUACCUCCUGGCUUUGUCGUUGACAGCGUCCGUGUGGAGUCAGAGGACGGAAGAAGAGCUUCUGCCCGUCAUGCACUCGUGGCGAAUCAACCAGUACCGCGGUUUCGUCGAGUCACAAGGCACGUGCGUUCCUGCUGUGGCAAGCAAGACUCCCAGAUUAGCUUUGCAGGAUGAUGAUGGCUCUGCUGCGUUGCCGGCGCCCCCUGAGCGACGGAAAAGGGUCGCUGGGAAAGCUAAAGCGAAGCGUCCCGCCAAGUCCAGAAGGAUCCAGCCCAGGCCUUCUGCAGAGCUUGCUGGUGACCGCGAGAACUUGGAAGUUUUGGAAGAUGCACGGCCGGCGGCGGCGGAACCGGCUGAGCGAACGGGUGACAGCUUGGUCUCAGAGGACAUAGAGAGUGCAUUGCCUUCCGGUGUUGGAGAUUCUGAUGCUGAGCUGCUGUCGGAGAUCGACGAAGAAGGGUUUGCAGCAGCGGCGAGCCCAAGCCAUGCUGACAGCGGCGAUGCAAGUUCAGUUUCUCACGAUUCCACUGCUGGAAGCACAAGCAAUUCGUCCAGCAGCAGCAGCAGCUCCAGUUCUUCGAGUUCGCAUUUGAGUCCUCCUGGUCCCGCCGAGGACCGGGGUGCGCCGGGUGGUCCUGCUGCCGCUGUGCAUCCGCGUGUACGUUUAAACCCGCCGCAAGUGUCGGCAGACAGUCAUGACUGGGGUGUCUUCCACAUAAACUGGCGCAGGCCGAACGACAUUGUCAAGUUUGGGGGUUGGUCUGCGACCUGUCGGUUUCAUGCCGUGCCGGGUCGCAAAGCUUGCACUCGAUCCAUGAGUGUUCAGUCCGCAGACGAUAAAGAAGCUGCACUGAGCUUCGUUAGACAUUGGUGCAACUGCGCUACUGCUGUUGAAACAAGGGAAGAGCAUAUGGCCAUGGCAAGACGCCCGGCUGAGGCUCUCGAAGAAGAUCUGCUUGAUGGCAUGCUGGAGCAAGAGGACUUGGACGAGUUUCUGGAGGGAGAGUGA